ACUCCAAGGUGAGCUUCUGUCGCUUCAUGACAGCGAUGUCAGCAAGCAGCUCAUACCGGGCCUGUGGGGUGCUGCAGAAACCGUCAGCGUUCUAGCAAAGGCCAUUGCGACUGACCAACAAGAUGAUGCUAGGAGGACCGCAAGAACAGAACCCGGGUAUCCAUCCCAUUCGCUUAAAAAGCAAGACAAGUUGUCCCACGGGAUCCAAUUUUUUUCUCUCUCUCAUCCACUCCUCCGCUACUCGCACAGUUAUUUCGACUCUCAUCAAUGCCAGAAACGCCGUACACCAUCGCCGUAUCGGACGAUGCCCUGGCCUCGCUUCACCAGAAACUCAAAGCGACGAGAUUGCCGGACGAGCUGGACGAGACCGCGUGGGACUACGGUGUGCCUUUGGCGGACAUCAAGCGGCUCGUCGCCCGGUGGCGCGACGGGUACGACUGGCGGAAGCACGAAGCUGCUCUCAAUGCGGAACUGCCUCAGUUCACGCGCGAUAUCGCGGUGGACGGACACGGGACGCUCAACAUCCACUACAUUCAUCAGAAGAGUGAAGUACAGGACGCGAUCCCGCUGUUGUUCGUACACGGAUGGCCAGGCAGCUUCUUGGAGGCAAAGAAGAUCGUGCCGUUGCUCGUCGCGCGUUCGAGUGAACAUCCGAGUUUCCACGUUGUUGCGAUCAGUCUAGCUGGUUACGGGUUCUCUGAAGCCCCUAGAAAGAAGGGAUUCGCAAUCGCGCAGCAGGCUGAGGUUGGCCACAAAAUCAUGCUGGCGUUGGGCUACAAUGAAUACGUUACGCAAGGAGGCGACUGGGGCUACUUCAUUACGCGCCGCAUCGCCAAGCGCUAUGGCCACCAGCACAACAAAGCCUGGCACACCAACUUCCCCUUGGGCCGUCCCCCUUCGCUUUACUAUGAGCCGCUCUCAUGGUUGGCUUCGUGCCUGAGAGGGUUGACAAAGGAAGAAAAGGCCACGCUCGCGGAGGCAAAUUCGUACAGGGGCAUUGGACUAGGCUAUUUCGCCGAACAAGCAACGCGGCCCCAAACCGUGGGCUACGCGCUGGCUGAUUCACCCGUCGGACUGCUUGCUUGGAUCUACGAGAAGCUGGUGGAUUGGACAGACAAAUACCCCUGGAAUGACGACGAAGUCCUGACCUGGAUAUCGAUCUACUGGUUCUCCCGCGCCGGGCCCACCGCGGCCGGCCGCCUCUACUACGAGUUUUCGGAAGGCCGGUCAGACGGGACAAUGGACGUCUAUGGACCCGCAGAGUACCCGACCAUCCCGAUGGGCAUGUCUCAUUUUCCCGGGGAAAGGGCAUAUGUCCCAAUCAGCUGGACCCAUGCCACUGGAAACAUCGUGCACAGGAACAAGCACGAGCGGGGAGGCCAUUUCCCUGCAUAUGAAGCUCCGGAUUUGCUCGUCGAGGAUUUACGUGAGAUGUACAAAAAGGGCGGCCCGGUAUUUGGCGUUGUCAAAGGACACAGCGGCUAUGACUCAGAGAAGCAGCAUCAGUCGAGCAAGAGUGUAGUCGAUCAGUGAUAUUUCAGAAUGAACACUGGAAACAGUAUAACAUGGUC